AUGUCUGUUCCUGGUAUUUGGACUGAACAUCGAAAUGCAGAAGGGAGAACCUAUUGGAACAAUGCAUCUACAGGCGAAAGUGUCUGGGAGAAACCCGAUGUCUUGAAGACGCCAUUCGAGCGUGCUUUGGCCAAAACGACAUGGAAGGAAUAUUUUCAAGAAGGCCGCAAGUACUAUUAUAAUACAGCGACCAAGCAGUCGAAGUGGGAAAUGCCUGAAGAACUGUUGCUGCUCCUCGAAAAGGUGGAAAAGGAAAGCAGUCCAGGGCCACCGCCAGUGCCGCUGCCCCCUGUGAUAGUACCAGGAUUAGAAGGUGCCCAUCCAUUGCCAAUGUUAGCAUCUCCGACCCAUGCGGGAAGCCAGGCAUCAACUCUUAACUCGAUUUCGGGAGCCAUGGUGCGACCUGGGAUGGCUGGAGCUGUUGGAUUCCCGAAUGCUCCAACUCCGGUCCAGCAAGCGCCGCCUCGACCUACCAACCCUGAUGAGCCAGUGGUACCCACAAAUGGAUUCUCCACACAUGAAGAGGCGGAAAAGGCGUUCUGGUAUCUCCUUAAAAAGGCCGGGAUUACAGCAGACUCUACCUGGGAGGGUACGUUGCGUGCCAUCGUCACCGAUCCCUUGUACAAGUCCUUUAAUACUACUGCGGAGAAGAGAGAAUCGUGGCAAAAGUACACGGAGAUGCUCAGGAAGAAGGAAGCAGAAGAAAAAGAGGCGCGUAUGAACAAGCAGCGACCAGCACUUCGAAAUAUGCUCAAAGGAAACCCCAAUGUUUUCCAUUAUACGUCUUUCGAGACCGCAGACCAGCUUUUCUCUCAACAUCCUAUAUGGCAAACCGUCAAAAUCGAAGCAGAGCGACGUCAAAUAUUUCGUGAAUAUGUUUCGGAACUGCAACAGCGUGAGCAAGCGAGACUCCGUGAGAUGCGAGGUCGUAAUAUGGAAAAGGUCGUGGGGAUAUUCAAAAAGUGUGAAGUCGAUGCCCUAACUCGAUGGAGAGACGCCCUCAGAAUGGUGCUAGAGUCGGAGCAGUGGAGAGAGGACGAAGAGUUAUCUCAGCUUCCCCAACUCGACAUUCUUCUCGCAUUUGAAGACUAUAGCAAGAUUAAAUCUGGCGAAUACGAGGCGGCCGUCAAAGUCGCUGAGAAUAGUCGCAUGCAGAGAAAUCGCCUUGCUCGUGAGGGAUUUAGGGCGCUGCUUGACGAACUCAAGGCGAGCGGGAAGCUCUUAUCGGGGACGAAAUGGAAGGAAAUUUACCCUCUGAUUUCCAAUGAUGAGCGAUAUCUCAACCUUCUUGGUCUGCCUGGUUCUACUCCCUUGGAGCUCUUUUGGGAUGCAGUGGAUGAGCUCGAUCUGGCGCUGGAAGGCAAACUUAAGGACGUUGGCAAAUACCUGGCUUCUCGCUCCUUCAAGUUUACCGAACAGACGGAGAUUGGAGAGUUUACCAAUCUGCUCAAGGAAGACGAAAAGCUUUCUCAACUAGCAGAGGCUGACGUUGUGGCUCUGCACCGUAAUUUCCGUGAGCAAGCAGCUCAUCAACGGCGCAAGGCGGAAAGGAUGCAGCGAAGGAUGCAGGAUGACCUCCGACAUGCGCUCAAACGCAAAGCUCACAAAUUUGACAUUGAUACGCCAUACGAAGAGGCGAACUUGCCCGAGUUCAAGGCGCUUGACAAUGACGAUGAAGCCCGCAAGGCUGCAUUCUCCAAGUUUGUCAAGAGGCAAAAGGAAAAGAUGAGAGAAAAUCAUUCGGACGAUGGCUCGGUAUCAAGCCGAAAGCGCAAAGAGCCAUAUGGCUCGCGUAUGCGUGACCAUGACAGGGACCGCGAAAGAAACAGGUCUAGGGAUAGGUCAAAGGAAAGGGACAGAUAUCGCAGACGAGACGACAGAGACCGUGACCGUGAAAGGGAGAGAGAUCGUAAGGGGACUACCAGUUCAAGAAGAAAGGAUGAAGAUGUGGAAAUGAGGCGCGAGACUGCCGACUCCAAGUCUGCACCCAUCAAUCCUAUGAAGGAGUUGAGAAUCGAAAAGCUCGUUAUCAACAUUUCGGUUGGCGAGUCUGGAGAUCGUCUGACACGAGCAUCAAAGGUGCUGGAACAACUGACUGGACAAACGCCUGUUACCUCAAAGGCGCGCUAUACUGUUCGACACUUUGGUAUCCGAAGAAACGAAAAGAUUGCGGUCCAUGUCACCAUUCGCGGUCCCAAGGCAGAGGAGAUUCUCGAGCGAGGACUCAAAGUCAAAGAAUACGAACUCCGACGCAAAAACUUUUCCGAGACGGGCAACUUUGGAUUUGGUAUCCAGGAGCACAUCGACUUGGGAGCACGCUAUGACCCGACGAUUGGUAUCUUUGGCAUGGAUUUCUACGUUGUGAUGGGACGACCGGGCGGACGUAUUGCGCGAAGGAAGCAGCAAAAGGCCCGCAUUGGCUUUUCUCACCGUGUGCGCAAAGAGGACACGCAGGCGUGGUUCAAGCAACGCUUUGAUGCUACUGGACCUGUCGUCAACCGAACCUUUUGUAAAAGAUUGAGCAUGAACAUUACCAGUCUACUCCAAGAAGUGCCGUCGAUUGACCGCACACGCCGGAAACCCUGGGAGGAUACGGUGACGAGCGCAAAGGCCGUCGGCGACGUGCAUGCGCCCAGCGAGCCUCUUGGGCGUGAAAUUGAGCGCAUAGUCCUCCAAGAUGCGUCUAGACCGUUUCAAACGGCGCAGAGCUAUGGCCAUUUGAGCCCGUCGCUGGGCUCGUACUACCUCAAACGAUCCGAGCGAGAAAACGACAAAGUGGGCUUGCCACCGCUCGUUCAGCCAGACUAUGGCAGUAUAGAAACGACAGAAGGAUCCGCGAGAACACGCAGAGACCCGUUCUCCACCGCACAGCGCGACCAGCACAUGCCUGGCGCAGGACAGCCGCCGUUCACAGAUGAUACACGGCCCUUUGAGGCAAAUAGUCCCCUGUCUCUCAAGCGCCAGCUCGAUGAGUCUAAUCGCCCAAGAACAUCCAAUAUCGUCACUUCGACCCCUCUUUUACCGCCUCCACGCACCCCAUCGCCAGCUCUCGACCCAGUCCACUUGGGAACUUAUGUGUAUCCAAAUUUGCCGUUUCCUAUUCGGCGCUCGCUGCUCCCGUACAAUCGUAGGACAACGAUGAAUAUUCUUGUUCCCCGCUCUCACUUCCCUCUCGGCACAGUCGGCGUCGACCCGAGAGCUCGGUCACUUUGGGGCGGCAUCCCUUAUGUCGACGAACGAAAGAUUUAUACAGACGACUCGGACGUGCUAUUCGCCGCUCUUCACUCUGGUAUCGUCGAGCUCGAGGAGCUCCAGAAGGGUUCCGGGCGCGAUCUCGACCUCACUCUGCGCGUCUUCCCAGCCUCGGAGUAUGGUCGAUAUGUCGGAGGGCUCGGUGCGGCAGGUUUGACGAGCGCAUCCUGGGGUAACUCACACGAAGGAGCAGCGUUUAUGAUCACUUCGCAUUCAUGGCUACAAGGAAACAUUAAGAAGACAUAUACGCGACAAACAAGAAAGGCAAGAAUAGCAGAGGAAAAUUGCAGACGUGUAGCCAUUAUGGGCUCGUCGGACCCAUCUUUCGUCCUAUCGCUCAAACCGAAACCGGUCGUUUCGCCACCUCCAGGUAGCUUGCCUGUCAAGCUCGAAAGAUCUGCGCUCGAAGAAGAACUUCAAGCUGUUUCCGUCAGCGGACUCUGGCAGAACGCGUCUGGCAUAAAAUACGACCCUCUGACAUUCUAUCUCCUGCUUUUUCACAAAAACGAAUCUUCAGAAGAGCAAUCCGCCAAGUCUAACAAAUACUCUCCAUAUCCAAAGCGUGUUCGCCCUAUUCGAUAUAACCCCGACAUCAUCUUGGAGCAUUCCAAUCGUCCUCUGGAGCGGUUUGUUCUGGUAGCUACGUCGCCAGAGAGGACGGCUCUGGCUACUCCUAUGACCUAUAACCUGUAUAGAGAGGAGCCCCCUGCCAAAAUGGAGCGUCUACCAGAGACGCUCCCGUCGAAACCAUCAUUGAAGGAAGGAUCGACAGAAAAUGUAGUGUUGACCAAGUCUAUUCGCUUUGCAGAGGCUCCUCAGACCAAAGGAGAAUCGCUACGACAUCUGAUCCAUGAAAACCUCAGUGCCCAGGAUAUUUCAUUUGCGCCAGAAGGUUUCUCUAUCAACGGAGUACUUUAUCCUGUCGAACGGUGGAGAUGGAGUGAAAAUAGACUAGAACCGCCAGCCCCGUUGGUGCCUCCCAAGCCACGGUUGCUCAAGAAGAAGACCAAACGCAGGUCAAAGGCGAAAAAGGAGCAAAGUGCCCCGGAAAACCCUGCGGAAAGUGCAGACACAGCUGUAGACACCCAAGAUACUUCCGAUAUGCAGGUUGAUGGACCCGAUACGACUGACCAGGCGUCCUCGAAGGUUGUGCCGACUACCCAAAAUGAAACCCAGGACGCAGGGGAACCUAGUGCUGUCGCGGCUGAACCUACAAAGGAGCCCCCUCAGUCAGCAAGUCAUGCGGCAGAUGGAGAGGAGAGAGAAGAAGGCGAACUGAGUGGUUGA